AUGCACGCUCGACAGUCCACGCCGUCCUCGCAGCCGCCGCCCUCAUCGCCCCCAUUUGCUCCCGGGCACUUUGGUGAAGCUUCGACUCCGCCCGAGGCGCGUGAAGCAGUCUCGCCCACCUGGACGGCCCCCUCGCCGGCUCGCACCCUAGCCAACUCGAGCCCAGAGCUCCCUACGCUCCCGUCCUUUUCCAUACUGGGCAACGACCCGCGCACCCCGUCCAACGCUGCGAGACACGACCGAACCGACACUUCCUACUACACGGCCAGCUGGGGCAGUCCCUACAGACACCCGCCGCCCGUCUUUAAUCCCUCGCGUCAGGUCUCGACAAAUUUCGGCAGCGACGACUUUGAAGAGGAAAAUUCCGGACUCACAUUCGGCCUCGGACAUCUGCUUCCAUCCCGGCUAGAUCUGCAGGAAGAGUCGCCGAACCAGUUCAACCUCGAGCAUCUUAUCCCGCGUCUAGAACGGAACGCCUCGCCGAACCAGUUCACGCUCGAACAUCUAAUCCGCUCUCGACUGCCGAAUUUAGUGACUCCCACCAAAGAACCACGAGCUUCCGGCACUACUCCCCGCGCGUCCGACACGAACCCGACUUCGCAAGAGUGGGUUGAGCGAUUCUUAGAAGAGCGUUGGAACCGCGAGACAAACGACUGGCGGAGUAAUAACAGCGAUACAGAGGGAUCAGGUGGAGAACCGGAUAUACCACUAGCUCCUCCGCCGAAACGAGGACACAAGCAAAGGAACAACAACAAGACUCUGAACCAGCAGGACUUUUGGCGCCACUUUAGUAAAGACCAGAAGGAAGCACUCGGCAAGAUGAUGGCCUCAAAGUACGCGGAUCCUGAGCUGGCGACAGCCAGGCAGAACUCCGCAUCAGGUCCCAGCACGAAUGGACACAGUGCUCAGGCUGAGAAGACGCCGGUACCGACUCCUUCAAAAACAGCUAAGCCGGCAGAUGAAACUCCCAGCAAGCAGUCGAACAAGGACGCCUCCAAAGUAAACCAGGAGUUGUCGAACAAGCCACUUCCCGACACCCCAAGCAAGUCGUUCUUGGCUCCUCCAGGUGCAGCACCUGCGCAACCUCGGAUGCGAAAGAAGGUCAUUGUCAAGGGCAAGGGCUGCAUCAUCUCGAUACCGCGAGACAUUCCCAGGGGCAACCCAGGGUUCCCUCCGAAGCCGAUGACUGCAGAGGCUGUUAACAACAAGCUCCGACAGCUCGAGCAGCAGGGCUACGACACUCGUGGCUUCAGUACUGGAGGCUUGGAGACACAUAACCGUGCCAUCUGGCCCGCUGAGGAGGAUGUCAAGGCAGAACGCGCCAACUCCAACAAGCAGUACAAGGUCCGCGUCUCGAAGGAAUCAGAGUGGAAGGACUACGAGAACUCUCUGCUUGAAGCUAAACUGGCAGCACUUGGUGUCAGUAUCGGUGGCGAGGAAGAUAUCCCUCUUCCCAUGUCGCGAACAGCGUCAUCACAGCAACACCCAGGGCAAGGGUUCACUCCGCCGAUCCCGACCUCCUCAGCUGGCAGUCUUCGCAUGGCCAGGCAAGGCAGCAUCGCCGGCUUUCCAUUCGGACCCUCGCCUGGGCACAUGUCUCGACAAUCGAUCGCGUCUCCGGCUGCUUUUGGAAACCAGCGUCCCAGCAUGCACAUGCAUCGCCAUUCAACUUUUGGGUCGCCUGCAAACUUUGCUCAGCACGGUUACUCACCUUCGGGUACUUGGUCGCCUGCUGGAUACUUCAACUCUCAAGAUGGACGCAGUGGCUCUCCUGCUCUUGCUCUGAGCAGGCCUGAUCUUUCCGGAAUGAUCUCGCCACAUUCUCCAUUCGGCAUGAGACCUGGCCAGCAGUUUCCCAUUACGCCGACGCAGAGGGACGACUUCCAAUUGCAGAUGCAACUGCAACAGCAGCAGCUACAGAACCAGCUUCUACAGCAACAGCAACAACAGGUCCUUGGCUUGCGUCCGUCCUCCACACUGGCCGAAGUACCCGAGGAUGAAGAUGAGGAGGAUGAGGUUCCGGCUAUGAAGCAUGCCACUCAACCUGCACCAGAGAUUGCUGUACCGCGUCCUCGUAGUCAUCGCCAUAACCUUAGUGAGAACCUUGAACGCGAGGCGGCGAACGAAGAGUAUCACUUGGAAGAAGCCAUCGACAAGCAGUUUGCGGAAGGAGGUGACUUCAGUACGGAGCCAGAGACUAACGUAUCCUACAAGCCUUCCAAUGCUGUGGCUAAUCCUACGUGGGAGGACUCGCGAACGAUCCUGCACCAACCUCAGCCGCACAGCAAGUCGCAUUCCCUCACCAAGUCUCAGAAGCCUGUCUCCUUCUCGUUCCCUGCCCAGCAGAACCCUCGCUCCGACAGCGACGGUGCGAAGACCAACAUCUCAGAGAACACAAACCCCAGCUUGGAAGAUGGAGAGGUUCGCAACCCUACACAGAGCUCUGCGCAGCACUCCCAGGCACCGUCCCAGGUCAGCAACUCAUGGAAGGACAACAAGUUCGCAUUCAGCAAGCCUGCAUCGGCGAUGCACAGCAAGCACGCUUCGCGUUCUUCCAUCUCGAAGCUCAAUGUCGAGGCUAAGGAGUUCAAGUUCAACCCUGCAGCGUCUUUCCAGCCAGGAUCCUUCUCCUCAGGCUUCAGCUUUGCACCCGCGGUUAAGCCACCUACAGCUGCUGCUCCUGCUGCUGUCCCAGCCAACAACAAGCCCAGCAUCGAUGCAUUGGCCAACUUCAACGUGUCGGCUCCUGCCUUUAAGCCGGAUGCACCCGUGUUCAAGCCUGAUGCCCCAGCCUUCAAGCCUGUGGCUGAAGCUCCUGUGUUCAAGCCUGCGGCAGACAGCUCUCCAUUCCCGUCCGGUGGCUUCAACUUCUCCAGCCCGCCAGCCUUCAAGCCAGAUGCGCCCACCUUCAACCCUGGCGUGUCUACCUUCAACCCUAACAAGCCGGCUCCUGCUCCAACAAGCUUUUCCUCGAAGAUCUUUGGAGAUGUCAACCUAUCUCAAAGCGACAUCGUCAAGCCCGCCACACGCUCGAAGGCCGUGCCGAUCAUCCGUCCGGACAACACGCGCUCGCAGACUCCCGAGACUGAAGGCCGUGAGGACCACGAGGACGAGUCUGGCCGACCCAAGCAAGCCGACGGGCGCGAAAAGCGAGCUCGCCGUGACCGCGCUGAUGGUGACGAUGUCCCCAAGUUUGCACUCCAGCCCGUGCUUGCAUCGCAGCCUUUGGCAGAAGUCAGACAGCCCAACGCUAGCAAGCAAGAGCCUCAAGUUGAAAGGGAGGCCGUCGCAGAAGACAAGGAGAACCUGUCGCCCGUACGUGAGCAGAUCAAGGCCAAGUCGAAGAGCCCCGAGCCUCUGUCGCAGCCGACGGAAGAAGUCAUCAUGGAGCCUAUCUCGCCUGCACCAGAGAGCGAUCUAGGUGCAGACGACGAUACGCCUCACGCAAGCGAUGUACCCACGCCAACUACCGAGGAGCCCGAGCCACUGGGCAACAAGCACUCUCACAAGAGCACGCUUUCUGCCAACGCCAAGCCCUUCGAGUUCCGACCGCAGUUCAACAGUGCUGGCUACGACUUCGGCUUCCACGUUACGAAGCCGUCUCAAGUUGAAGAUCCCGAGAAGUCUCAAGUGUCUCCACCAAGAUACGCAAGCAGAAGCCCAGCAACUACGUACAGGCCUAGCGACGACGGCUCGUUCAAGACUGCUAUGGAAUCUGGCAGGCACAAGGGCUACCCUGAAAGCGAAAGUGCUGAUUUCGACCAACUUGGUGAUGCUUCCUUUAACGACAUUGAUGCUGUCAUGAAGCAUAUGGAUGGUGAGGGCUCGGACUUUGGCGUUGAGCGCGACGAAGCCUCUUGGGACCAGUCUUCCCCCCAGAGAACGCCAAACGUGUUUGAGCGCAAUGACCUGCAACCCAACUUCAAGAUGCGCAGUGACGCCCCCAGCCCCAGCCCCCGCCGGGGAUUCUUCCCGGGACGGCCGAUGCAGGGCUCUGCAACAUCAGUGCAGGAUCCGUUUGACGAUGAGCGGGCUGCGCUCCCAUACGACUCGCCUGUGCGCCACAUGAACAAUGCUGACGCCGGACCCAUGAGCGAUUGGGACGAAGGUCUUCUUACUGAAGACGAGUCUAAGGUCCAGACACGCAGCGGCUUUUUCGACAAGCAUGUUGAUGACCUCAUGGGCCGUCUCCUGCAGGACCGUCUUGGCCCGCUAGAGCAAAACCUGCAAGGCAUUCAAGAGGCACUUGCAAUGAUGUCGCAACGUCCGGGACGCGGCCGCCGUAGCAUGUCGACUAGCGCACGCCUGGACAGCGAUGCCGACGACGAAGACGACGAAGCGGAGACCGACGUUGACUACCGUAACCGAUCUCGUGGAAAGGAUAGGAAGUUGGAGAAGAUCCGAUCUAUCGUCCAGGACGCGCUUGAGAUGCACCAAUCACAGAUCACAUCUAUUCCGGUGCCCGUUCCCGAGCCAAUGAUCCCAGAGAAGAUCCGGGAGAUCGUCACCGAUGCGCUUGCGCAACACCAGCCACCUGUACAACCUGUCGAACCUGUUCCUGCUGCUCAGAUCCGCGACAUUGUCCAGGAUGCGAUUGCUUCUACCACCAUUGCAUCCUGGACUGAGGCUCUCAAGCCUGACGACGUUCGUUCUAUCCUUGCUGACAUGCUCGCAACCCAUCUUCCUAAGCCCGUGGAAUCGGUCAAGCCUGACGACAUCCGGUCCAUCGUGUUGGAAGCGUUCGAGACGCACGCUCCUCAGCCAAUGCCACCCCCAGUGCCUGAGCAGAUCUGGCCUGACGACUUGAAGGCAAUCGUUACCGAGGCUCUUGCGUCACAACAAACGCCAGCUGUGGAGCAAUUGCAAGCGGAGACCAUUCGCUCCAUUAUCGCUGAAGCACUCGCAUCCCACCAGCCUUCAGCUCCUAGUGCGCCAACUGCCGAAAAUGUACAGCCCGAUAUGAUCCGUUCUAUCGUUGCCGAGGCCUUGGCGAACCAGAAGCCUGCUGCCACUCUUGAGGCUCCCGUCGAUAUUCCCCAGCCACAGGUCGAUAUGUCCGAAAUCUACCAGGUCAUCGGUAGCCUCAAGGCUUCUAUUGCGCAGACCACUAGCCACCAUCUUCAGGCUGAGGAGGUUCGUGAACUUGUUGAGGAAGCUCUGAAGCGCCAUGGUGAAGAGGUUGCCGAGCGUGAGAACUCCAAGGCCGUCCAGGAGAGGGAUGUUCGUAUCGCGGACCUUGAGGAAAUGCUCAAGGAAGCCACUCUUCGAUUCAACGAGGAAGCUGAGGCCCGCCAAGCCCUCGAGGCUCGUGAAGCGGACUCUGCGCGCCUGCUCAAGGUCACCGAGGAAGAGCUCACGCUUCUGCAGCAGACUUCCCGUGAUGACGAACACAAGAUUGGCACAUUGACAGAGGAGCGAGAUGACCUCCGCCGCAGCCUCAACUCAUACCAGGCGGAUUCAGCCGACAUGCGCGAUAGACUCGCCACUCUCGAUAUUGAGAACGAGCAGCUCAAGCUUACAAACAUCGCCCUGGAAAGCUCGGAGGAGGACCUGAAGAAGAGGCUUGAUUCAGUCACCGCGGAGAACGAGGCACUCAACUUUACGCUCGAGGAACACCGUAUGUCCGCUAACAAGUGGCGUGGUGACCUGCAGCACGCUCACGAGGAAGGAGAGCAGCUGCGCAAGGCUAUCGGAGAGGCGCGCUUCCAGGCCGAGGAGGCAACCCGAGUACGCGAGUCGAUGCGCACCAAGCUCGAGAAGCUACAGCAAGAUAUGGUUGCCGCUUCACAGCAGAUCGCAUCUGAGCGUGCUCAAUGGCAAAAGAACGAGGAGGCCUCCGCAACCAAGUACGAGGUUCUCAGUGCACGCAUUGAAGCCGAAGGUCGCACACGAGAGCGUCUGGAGAGGGAGCUCGAGCGCUUGGAGACCCAGGAACGUGAGGGUAUGCGACUCAGGAUUCAUCUCGAGCAAACCCAGAAGCACAACGCCAGACUUGAGGAGACAAUUGAAGAGCUGAGGAGGGAAUCUUUGGAGCACCAGAAGAACGCCCAGCGCUACGAGCGUGACAUGCGCGAGGCUAGGGAUGCUGCGCACGUUGAGAUCCGCCGCACCCGCGUGCUUAUGGAGGCCGAUGUUGACGCAGCUAACAACCAAGUCAACAUCGUUCGCCACGAGCUUGAGAGCGAGAUCGCUCGUGUCCGCGCUGAGCUUGACCAGGUUCGCCUGGAUGCUGAUACAGCCAAGGAGAAGCACGAACUGGAUCUGGAGGCCGCUUCCGACCUCAAGAAGCAAGCCGUACAGGAAGCGAUCGAGAACAACAGACACAGCCUGCAGGAGCAGCAGCGCACUUUUGAACGCCAACUUGAGCACAUGCAGCAUGAGCAUGCUCGCGCCCUGGAAUUCGCUCGUGAAGACAAGGAUCGUGCUGAUGCUUUCCACAACGACAAGCUUGCGCUCGCUGACUCCAAGCUCGACCACUUCAAGGACAAGAUCGCGUUGCUGGAAGAAAAACUUCAGGUCGCGAAGGAAGCCGCCAAUGCCGCUGUUGCAGCAGCAUCCAAGUCUCCUACGUCUGCCUCUUCGUUUGCUCCUAGCGGCGCAGAGAAGAUCUCGCCCCAAGCGCUGCGCGAAUCUAUUGGUGUUCUCCAGGAGCAGCUACAGGAGCGUGAAGGACGUAUCGAAGCUCUUGAGCGCCAGCUUGAAGAUGUUGACACUGAGGCCCCAGCCAAGUUGAAGGAACGCGACACUGAGAUCAACUGGCUCCGUGAGCUACUUGGUGUACGUGUUGAUGACCUGAACGACCUCAUCAACUCCCUUGCUCAGCCAACCUUCGAUCGCGAGACCGUUCGUGAUGCCGCAAUCCGCAUCCGCACCAACUUGCAGAUGGAGCAAAGUGAGAAGGAGCGACUCAUCUCGGGCGGACAAAAGUCUCUCCCAACUCUUAGUUCGCUCUCCAACUUUGCUUCCCCCAAAGCAGUCCAGCUUGCUGCCGCCAUCGGUAACUGGCGCAAGGGCCGUGGCGAGGCUACCUCCGCUCUCGCAGGCACCUCGACCACCACGCGAACCCAAACGCCCUCCCGUGCGCAGCCUCACUCCGCUCAGUCCUUCCUCUCAGGCCUCAUGACACCACCAACCUCCAACGCCCGCCGUGGUUCGGAACUAUCAUCCUCAUCGCAGCGCCCUCAGCCCCUGCGCACAAACUCGAACAGCUCGCGCGCGUCAACCGAAGCCGGUUUCCCCGCCCUGGGCAAGCAGCCCCGCACACCACCUCUGAUGCGCAAGCAAGCCUACGACCAAGACGCCGAAAUCGAGCCUUUCAGCGAAAGCGGCUUCUACGACGAUGAAAGCACUGUUGAUGGCGAACUCACGCCACUAGCGUUGAACUUUGGAAGGGAACUACAACAACGGUAG